ACCAAAAACCUUCAAGAAAGCAAAUAGAAACAAAAUAAAUUCAAUCAAUACCCUCCAAAUCUCACUCAUCUAAACACCCCAAUCAUGGAUACAUUGAGAUCCAUGUCUAAGAGCAUGAAGAUCGAAGGUAACCCAUUCGGUUCUUCUCACCAACGCAAUCAAAUAUUCCUUAGAUUCGUCGCUUUCUUCCUUCUGAUCGGUCUCGCUUACCGUUUCAUCAUCACCGAUUCCACAGUCUCUCCGGUUCCCGAUGUAAGAACCUCGCCGGGAUCUCCACCGGCAGAUCCUUCCGGUCUCACUGCCGUCGCUCAAGCUCCAGCCUCCGCUGAUUCCCCAGGGAACCUCACCAAUGCUUCACAUAAUGCUUCCACCAAGUGUGAUAUCUUUACCGGGAAUUGGGUAGCAGACCCAACAGGCCCAGUGUACACCAAUGUCUCUUGCCGUCAUAUCCAAGAACACCAGAACUGCUUGAAGAACGGACGGCCAGAUGCGAACUACCUUCUAUGGAGAUGGAAGCCUCGCGACUGCGAUCUCCCGAGGUUUGAUCCCGAGCUCUUUCUUGAUAGAAUGAGUAACAAGUGGCUGGCUUUCGUCGGUGAUUCCAUCUCUCGUAACCACGUCCAAUCUCUCAUCUGCAUUCUCUCUCAGGUAGAAGAGGUAGAGGAAAUGUACCACGACAAGGAAUACAGAUCAAAGAUAUGGAGAUUCCCUUCUCACAACUUCACACUCUCAGUCAUUUGGUCUCCUUUCCUUUUGAAAGCUGAAACCUUUGAGAACACGGAAGGUGUUUCCUUCUCAGACAUUCAGCUCCAUCUCGACGAGCUCGACCACCAAUGGACGGACCAAUACAUCAAUUUCGACUACGUUGUCAUCUCCGGUGGCAAAUGGUUCCUCAAAACAUCAAUCUUCCAUGAGAACAACACCAUCACCGGAUGCCAUUACUGCCAAGGGAAGAACAAUCUCACCGAGCUCGGUUAUCAAUACUCGUACCGCAAAGCCCUCCGCUUGGUUUUGAACUUCGUCGCUCAACCAAACCGUAAAGCUCAGGUUCUGUUCAGAACAACAACACCUGAUCAUUUCGAGAACGGAGAGUGGAACAGUGGUGGUUUCUGUAACAGAACGAUGCCGUUCAACGAAAGCCAAGGAGAGAUGAAGAGCGAGGAUGAAUCGAUGCGCUCCAUCGAGCUUGAGGAGUUCCGCAAGAUCCAAAAAGGCUCCAAUUCCGACAUUGGAUUACUUGACACGACUUCGAUGUCGCUUCUCCGACCAGAUGGGCAUCCCGGACCGUACCGGUAUCCAAAUCCGUUCGCUGGAUUGAAGAACAAGGACGAACAUAAUCAGAAUCAGAAUCAGAUUCAGGUUCAGAACGAUUGUCUUCACUGGUGUUUACCCGGUCCGAUUGAUUCAUGGAAUGAUCUAAUGGUGGAGGUAAUGCUUAACCGGGAAGUGUACAGAUGACCGAGUGUGAAAAGACGAGAAUAGCCUCCUCUUCACGUGUAAAUUAUUAGUGUGUUUACUUUAUUCAUUAUUGGGCCUACCAUAUGGGUCCAGAAUCCAAAAUACAUGCACCUCGCUUUUCAAUUUUUAAGGGUGGGGGAAAGAAACGCCAUGUCGUUUUACUUCCUCAGCCGCCGCUAUUUGUUGCCGUUUUUGGAUCUUUCUGUGUACUAUAGGAUCCAUCGAUGAGAUCCGAUUCACGUUGGUAAUCCGUAAUCCAUUGACCAUUGGCCGUGUAA